GAUUAUUGUGUUUUCAGACUAAUUUGAUUAUGUGGUAUCAGUUGUUUAAUGUUACAAACAUUGAGUGGCCGUCGGUCGUUCUGUUUUAACAGAUACUAAAAUAUAUUUUAUUAACAUUCAAAUGAGUGUGAUUGGUGAAAUUAUUCUGAUGCUUUUGAAAGUUCUACCAAUUCUAUCAGUUUAUCAUGAACCAUCUAUGAUAGUCAUCUCUCUACCAAACGGUUCACAACCAGAUGCCAUGUUGGGAUUUAGUAUGGCCUAUUACAAUAAGCACCUAUUCAUAAGCGCUCCAAAAUAUGGUAAUGGUAGAAUCUUUGAUUAUGAUGUUUUAAAAAAUAAAAGUGUUAAAGAAAUCUCUCUUCCUAAUGUAGAUGACGGGAGAAGCUAUUGGUUUGGAGCGGUUUUAAAAGCCGGCUCUGAAUUUUUAGUGACUUGCGCCCCGAGACUAUGGUAUCAAACUUAUAACCAUAAGACGAGAGGCUUGUGCUAUUCACUUACAAACAAUACUCUGCGGGAAUUUAAGGAUAUACCUUCAGACCAAAUUAAUUAUUAUUCAAAUUCCGGCCUUGACACAGCAGGCUGGAGCAUAGAAGUUGACGCUGAAGAUUUUGUACUAAUUGGAAGUCCUGCAGUGAGCUUAAGAGGAAUCGUGAAAUUUUACCACAACCAGAGGGCGCUGCCGAGAGUUUUUCUGAAUUUGAUUAAAAGUUAUAAUUUUGGUUACGCCAUCGCAAGCGGAAACUUUCUAUCAGAUAACGAAAUAUGUUAUGCAAUUAGUACAACUUUUGGUGAUUUUGGAGAAGGGAUGGUCUUUAUCUUAAAUAAGGACAACAAAGAGUUGCUCAGGCUAUCUGGCACUGAAGUAGGCGGAUUGUAUGGAGCUGCUUUGUGUAAAGUUAACUUGUAUGGAUCAAGAUCCAGUCUUCUUGUUGGAUCUCCUACAUUUUCAGAGAGAUCUGACCCUUAUGACAACGGCGCUGUGUAUUUGUAUGUGAAUGAAGGGGCUAAGGAUUUGACAUUAAAAAGAAUUAUAAAAGGAAACAAAAACGGUGGAUACUUCGGUUUCGCUAUCGCUAGUUUAGGAGACUUGGAUGGCGACGGACGAGAGGAAGUCGCGAUAGGAGCACCAUACGAAGACGACUUGAAGGGUGCUGUGUACAUAUAUACUGGAGCUAGUCUCUUGUCUGGGAAUACGUGGUUACAGAAGAUUCAACCGGAGGAAUAUCAAACCAUUGGACAUAGUCUGGUUCCUUUAGAUAAUUGUUUUAACAGCGGAUGUAACGAAUUAGCAGUUGGAGCACCAUUUAGCGAUAAAGCCUUUAUAUUGAAGUGCAACAGUCAUAUUACAGUAAAUUUAGAAGCAUUCUUUCCAAACAUACAGAUGAGAACGAACAGAACAUUUUUUGUAUUCGCUGUUUGUACUAAUAUAGAGUAUCCAAAAAAACAUAGCAUAAAUUCAAGUAUCUCCAUUAAGGUGGAUAUAAAUCACCCGGAUGCAUCAUUGGAAAAUGAAAAUGGUACGUUUGCGUUUCCCAUUGGUUCUGACGUAUUAUAUUGCAAGAACGUCACAGUCUUAACGCCAAUCGAAGGUAAUUAUGAUGAACUGAUAGCGUACAAAAUAUCAGCCUCUUUAAUCAAUGUAGCGAACAAUGAAUACUCAAGCUCGCGGGCUGUGCUCAGCGAGAGGAGCAAGGUUGAAAUACAAGGACAAGUGUCUGCUGCUGACUGUGAGGGCCGAGAAAGAUGUGUUCCUAUAUUAACCGCUACAUUACAAUCAAAUAUUACUGAACCAUUUGUCGUUGGUUCAGACAACGCGAGCUUUUCGUUGUCCUUGCUCAAUUCCGGCGAGUCUGCUUACUCCGCGUGUGCCCACGUGCUCGUGUCCGGCGCCCACGUGUUCCGACACCCGAGUACUUGCACACGCCCUGAUCAGACCGAACAAGUCAUUUGUAAGCCGGCGAGACCUAUAACCACUAAUGAUGUUUGGAGAAUCGGAGAAAUACAAAUUGAUACCGAUACAUUGACGAGCGAAGACGAAAACAUUACCAUAACAUACGUCGUAUACAGUCAUUGCAACAAUCACGAGGACAGACAAAGAUAUGAAAAAAUAAUCCGUCUCGGUUACGACACAGAAGGAAUCGUUGUAAAUGGUAUAUCCAAUCCUAGUGAUUUAGUAAAUUUUACUUCAGAGGACGCCGCAAAGAAACAGCAGUUGGAACAUGUCUAUUUGAUCACAAAUAACGGCUUAACUCAUUGGGUUGGUGUAAAAUGUGAAGUCUUACUUGAGAAGAGUCCCUACUUCAAUUACAGUGUGUCUAUCGUUGAUAAGACAACGGAGUCUUGUAUUUUAAACGAAGGUGAAACAAAUCUAACAGCUACCUGUGACGUCGGUGACUUGAAACAUAACGUUGUGAAAAAUAUUAUUGUAUGCAUAGAAUUGCAUCCAAAUACGCUAGAUGACAUCAUACGCGCUGGAAACGCUUACGUCGUGACUAGGCUUGCCGUUUUACUGAAACAAGAACGAUUAGUCCAGAGGUUAACAACAAAGUUAGCUCUAGUAUCCACCUCUGCUCCCGCUUGGAUAAUUAUCUUAGCCCUUCUAUUGGGGCUAAUCAUUAUAUGUUUAAUAAUAUAUGUUUUAUAUAAGAAAAAAUGUUUUCAAAGAAAAAAUAAAAAGAAACUGAACAAUUUGAAAGCAUCACUUUAUAUUAAAGAUCGGGGAAAUAGAGACGAUUGCGAUUCAGAUUCAAAUUAGGAACAAAUAGUGUUGUUACAUAAAUUACGGUUAUGAGUUUUGAAUAUAUAUAUUUUGUUUUAUAUUCAAAAUGUGUUCCAUUUUUCAAUAUGAACGUAUUUUGUUGCAUCUUUUUUUUUUAAUUUUUAGACUGUAAUAAGCCAUUUUCUAAAUUUGAAUAAAAUGACAAUAUGAAUAAAUUUAUUUUACAUUUCGAC